UCUUUACCGAUUCAUUGAGGCUUUGCUAUGGAUUCUUUGAUUCUUAGAAAACCUCUAAUCAAUGUUGUUGGAGUGUUAGGAUUUGGCACAUCGUGGAAUUGAUUUAUUCGUUUCUUCCCCGUUCAACGUAAUGCAUCGUUGUUGAUUUAGGUAUUGAUCGAAGGAGUUCAAAUUAUCAGAGAUGUUCCCAAUACAUAGCCGGGAUGUUCUGUGGAACGUUGUGGGGGCAAUCUUAUGGGGGCUGAUUUGAACUCCUUCAGUCAAUACCCAAGUCAAUCACGACGCAUUCCCUUGAACCGGGAAGAAACGCAUAAAGCAAUUCUACGAUGUGCCAAAUGGCAAUACUUCAACAUUGAUUAGAGGUUUUCGUAAGAAUCAAAGAAUCCAUAGAAAAGCCUCCAUGAAUCGGUUGGUAUGAGCACUGUGAAAGAAGAAUAACAGCCAUUGGACGAUCACAGGUAUACCGUACAUGUAAUAAAGCAACGAAAGAGACGCUGAUUUGAUUUCUGUGAAGAAGUGUUUCUGAGCUUCAGACAUAAUAACCAGACAACGAAAGCUAGACUCCGGUUGUUGGAUUUGGAAAUUUCUCAAGGGAAAUGAAGGGCUCCUCCUUCUUCAGCUGGGCUUCCAGAGCUCUACACAGCCACCCUGCUUUCACUAAGGUCUUUGUUGUCUUCACUGUCAGUACUGGAUCUCUCCUGACAUACUCAGAGUCGAAAUCAGACCAUGGUACAGAAAAUGAUGAAUCUUCUAAAACAGAAGCCAAGAAGAAGAGAGUGGUUGUGCUUGGGACUGGGUGGGCUGGUACAAGCUUCCUAAAGGGUCUGGAUAUCUCCUCAUUUGAUGUUCAGGUGGUAUCACCCCGUAAUUACUUUGCAUUUACCCCUUUGCUUCCAAGUGUCACAUGUGGUACUGUUGAAGCACGAAGCAUUGUUGAGCCAAUUCGGAAAAUUAUGAAGAAGAAACAUGGAGAAAUUCAAUUCUGGGAAGCGGAGUGUGUCAAGAUUGAUGCUGCAAAUAAGAAAGUUUUCUGUCGAUCUAAUCAUGAUACAGAUUUGGUGGGGAAUGAUGAAUUUUUUCUGGAAUAUGACUACUUAGUAAUUUCCCUGGGAGCCCAAGUCAAUACCUUUAACACUUCUGGUGUCAUGGAGCAUUGCCAUUUUUUGAAGGAAAUAGAGGAUGCUCAAAAGAUCCGUAGGAGCAUUGUAGAUUGUUUUGAGAAGGCUUCCCUUCCAGGACUUAGUAAUGAGGAGAUGAGGACAAAUCUUCAUUUUGUAAUUGUUGGUGGGGGUCCUACUGGUGUGGAAUUUGCUGCAGAGCUGCAUGACUUUAUCACAGAAGAUUUAAUCAGAUUAUACCCGAUGGUUAAAGACCUAGUGAAAAUAACACUUAUUCAGUCUGGAGAUCAUAUUUUGAACACGUUUGAUGAAAGAAUAAGCUCAUUUGCAGAAAAGAAGUUCCAAAGAGAUGGCAUUGAAGUGCAAACAGGAUGUCGGGUUGUAAGCGUCUCUGAUAGGGAGAUUAAGAUGAAGUUAAAAUCAAAAGGAGAAAUUUCUUCUAUACCAUAUGGAAUGGUUGUCUGGUCUACUGGUAUUGGGGCACGCCCUGUUAUAAAGGAUUUAAUGGAACAAAUUGGUCAGACUAAUAGACGUGCCUUAGCAACUGAUGAAUGGCUGCGAGUGUUGGGAUGUGAUAAUGUGUAUGCUAUUGGUGAUUGUGCUACCAUAAAUCAGCGUAAAGUCAUGGAAGAUAUCUCAUUGAUAUUUGAGGUUGCUGACAAAGACAACUCUGGUACCUUAACUGUUAAAGAGUUCCAAGAUGUUAUUGAGGACAUCCUUAUAAGGUACCCCCAAGUGGAUCUCUAUUUAAAGAGUAAGCAUCUCCGCAACGUGGCAGAUUUGUUGAAGGAUUCCCAAGGAAAUGAUAGAGAGGAAGUGGAUAUUGAAGAGUUUAAGUCAUUACUGUCUCAUGUAGAUUCGAAGAUGAAGAGUCUUCCUGCAACUGCUCAGGUUGCAGCUCAACAGGGCGCAUAUCUUGCUAGGUGUUUUAACCAUAUGGAAGACUGCAAAACUAAACCAGAAGGCCCUCUUCGUUUCAGAGAAUCUGGUCACCAUCAAUUUCGCCCCUUUCAGUACAAGCAUUUUGGGCAGUUUGCUCCUCUGGGAGGAGAGCAAACAGCUGCAGAGUUGCCUGGAGACUGGGUUUCCAUGGGUCAGAGCACUCAGUGGCUCUGGUAUUCAGUUUAUGCAAGCAAGCAAGUAAGCUGGCGCACAAGGUUUUUGGUGAUGUCUGACUGGACGAGGAGAUUCCUCUUUGGGAGGGACUCCAGUCGGAUUUGAGGCUUCCGGUGAGGGUGCCACCAACUGUUGUCAAGCACCGUAUCCUCAGCUUGUCACCUCCAUUACUACAUAUUUUUUUCAUCCUUUUUAGCAAGUGUGAUUUUUCUGAGGCUUAAAAAAAGUGGAUUGUUCUGGUUCGGUGGUGCUUGUUGCUAUUUUAUAGGGCGAUUCUUUGAUAGCCUGGAAUGUAUGUAAAUAAGUAAAUUAUUAAAUUUGAUUAGAGGCUUUAUUUUUUAAAAAGAUUUUGGUAUUUGCUUCUGUGGCCGUUUAUUUGAAAAAUGACGCCAAUUCAUUGCUAUA